AUGCCUCCAGCAACGUCACAUCUCCUCUCUGCCAUCGUUCUCACUUCCACCAUUCUCCCUAGUGCUCUCGGAAGCCAAGUCGCAGUUAAAGAAUGGACCUUCAAAGGUCUUGAUAUUCCAUCUAUCGGGCUGGGACUAUGGAAUUCGAAAGAUAAAGAUGCAACCCGUGCCGUCGAAUAUGCCUUCGAUGCGGGCUACAGCCAUGUCGACUCGGCCGCAGCAUACGGCAACGAAGACUUUGUCGGCAAAGCACUCCAAUCUUCCGACACCCCCUCCCGCCACAAAUACUGGGUGACCUCGAAACUCUGGAACACCGACCACAGACCUGGACGAGUCGCGCCGGCCCUGAAGAAGACCCUGGCCGACCUAUCGAUCCCCUACCUCGAUCUGUACCUGAUGCACUGGCCCGUGGCUUUCCUCCCGGACACAGAACCUGGCCGAACCAUCGUCGACCAAGACACCGACAUCGUCAUGACGUGGCGGGCCAUGGAGGAUCUCGUCCGCGCCAAUCUGACCCGGUACAUUGGCGUGUCGAAUUUCAGCCCGCGCCAGCUCGACACCAUCCUGAAGGACUGCCACAUCUGUCCGUACGCCCAUGAGUUCGAGACCCACCCCUACCUCCAGCAGCAGGAGUUUGUCGAUUGGCACGGCGAGCAUGGCAUCAAGGUCAUCGCUUAUAGUCCGUUGGCCAACAUGAACCCGACCUACAAAAGUAAAUACCCGAAGCUGGAUCCGAUCGUGGAAGACCCCUUCUGGAAGGACAUGGCUAGCAGAAAGAACGUCACCGCUGCACAGGCUGUUCUUGGUUGGGGCAUUCAGCGAGGCACCGUCGUCAUUCCCAAGAGUGUCCACGAAAAAUACAUAUUCGAAAACCUGGCCAGUGUCAACGUUACUUUCUCCAAGGCAGAAAUGGGAGAGAUUGCCGCCCAAGACAAGAGGUCAAGAUUCAAUAACCCGAGCAAGGACUGGGGUGUCGAAUUGUUUGAAGGGCUGGAUGACGGGUACAAUCGCUUCUUCGUCGAAGAACUGUAA